UUUUACCAGACGGUAAGUAGGUACCUUAGGGCAGAUCUUGUCCAUUUCCACCAUCCGGAACAAACAUGCGCCAAACCUCACGAUGUAAUGGCUUCCCACCAGGAUGAGGGGGACACCAAGGGAGCAUCCCCGACCCCGGCCCCGGUCCAUCAAACUUCUUUCCUUUCUUCUUCCGCCGAACACUCAUGUCGUACUCCGACCCUUGCUGCCUUCAAAUGUUGUUUGCUCCCCUGCCUUUUCCAACAUGGAAGCUUCUAUCCCUCCCAUUUAACCUUUGGUCUUUUUUUCUCUCCUUCAUAUUACACAAAGACGCUGUGUUAUCGACUUGGAUUAUUCGACUGUUUGGACGACGUCAUUCGAACUCGGCAACUUCGACAAAGACGAAUCGAAUCGACACGGAUGGACGGGAAAUAAGACAUACUUCACCAAUACACGCAGACCAAAUCGACGCCGGCUAAAAGGCAAAUGGGAGAAACGAACCAUGAAGGAAGAACCUGGCCGUUUGGUCAUGGAGGUCACGGGAAUCAGAAUCCGAGGUUGAAUGCACGAAACGGAGCAUCAGACGGUGGUUGGGAGGGAGACAAUGGAGGAAAUCAGAACCACAACGGCGGCAACACGGAGACAACAGCCACGUACAGACCAGCACCGAAUGCUCAGCAGACUACGAAUCCCACUGCAAACGGUCCCAACACAACACAAAGACAACAGACAAACUAUCCGACACAAGCACCAGCACCGGGGCAACCAACAUAUGCUCAAGGGGACAAUGGCGGACAAAGAACACAACCAACUCAACCUGACCGAGGGCAACCAGCUCAUACGACCAUCUCGGAUUCAACUCGCUCCAUGACAGUCGUCCUGGGCGAAACGACGUUUGCAACCAGAUACACCGACUACGACACACUGGCAAUCGACACGCAUGCCCCCACUUUCUCAUCAGGGCCUCUGCCGACAUCAGGCGCCGGAAGUUACAACAACAACAACUUGAACUCGGCCUCAAAUAAUCAACAAGGCGGAAGCGCAAAUGGGACGACCAGUUACCAAAGCGCAGAUCUGGAUGGUGGGCUUGGAGGUGGUACUAUAGCCGGUAUCAUCGUCGGCGUUGUCCUCGUGCUCGUCAUCUCCCUCGUAGCCCUCUUCUUCCACCGAAAACGCAAGCUCGCGCGCCGCGGCAACAACUCUCCCUACGGGAAACACCACCCAGAAGAAGCCAGCAGCUCUCUGCUCGACAAUGGACUAGCCGCCACCGUUGGCGCCGGUGCUGCCGCUGUAGGAGCCAGGUCUGGUGGUGGGGGACACGGACAAGGACAAGCUGGAGACGCAUCCUCCACGGCCCGCAACACAUCUUCUGCUUCACAACAACAACAACCGUCAAUGCAGCAGACAAACAACAACUCACAGUAUCUCGUCCCAGCAUCAUCCUCCUCCAGAUCAGCAGCUUACACUGCUCCUCGCUCUGCCCCUCCUCCACCGCCGUCCUCCUCGCAUUCCAGCAACUUCAGCUUAUCCAUGAUCACCCCUCCACCCACACACAUCAGCUCCGCAUUCGCCCCCGGCGCCGUCUCGCCUAUUUCUACCGUCUCGCCAGCCGUAAUGGGACCACCAUCACCUCUAUUGUCAGAUGAAGAAAAGGAGAUCGGUACCCUCGGUCGUCGGCAUAGCGUCGAAAGCGUCAGCACCUUCAGCGUGCACAGCGCCAUGAUGACGGCGUCGCAGAUCAACUGGCCCAUGCCCCCGAGCGUGGCGAGCACGAGUAGUCCGAGUGUGCCGCUGACCAAGACGCCGAGCAGGCCGGUGCCGGUGCCGGCGCCGCAUUAUGUCGAUUUCGAGGAGCAGGGGAGGACGGUGGUGAGGAUCAAUCGGGAGAGUUUGACUGAGGGGAUUGGGAGGGCGAGAUGAACAUGAAGGCAAAUGGGGUGGUACUCGUCAGGUCUCACGAGAUCGAGCAUGACUUGGUGGACUUGUAGUGGGUAUUGGUAGUGGGGAGUGAGUGAGCGAAUGAGUGAGUGGGAGGUAGUGUCUGACGACCUGUCAUGAUCUUUAAUGUCUAUAUCACGCCUUCUUUUGUUACACUUAUGCGUGCACUCACUGAUUUCUCAAGGAAAACUGUAUGGUACUGUACAUAGUAGGAGACGGGACUUUUUUGGUCAAGAUACACGAGCGUCGAAGCCUAUCUUGUACAUUGUAUGUUUGGAAUAUAC